AUGGCGAGAACAACCUUCUGCUUCUUCUUCCUCUGCCUUGUUGCCCUCCUCCAUCCUUCCUACUCUGAAGUUGUUACCCUAGGAAAGUGGAACGUGCCGGCCAUGUUUGUGUUUGGAGACUCCGUUGUUGACGGUGGAAACGUUGUCUUUGUGUAUCCCAACUGCACCACCGCUACCCUGCCGUAUGGAAUAGACUUCCCCACAGGUCCUACCAGAAGGUUAAACAAUGGGAAGAACCCCGCUGAUUUCUUGAGCCACCUCGUGGGGAUUCCUCAUUUCCUUCCUGCUGCCAUGGACCCCAAGACCACCGUCGAGACGAUCCUGUAUGGAGUUAACUGCGCUUACAGUGGCUCAGGCAUUCUUGACUCUCCUCCUGGUGUAAGGAAACUUUUUGGGGCAGGGACCUUGUUUAUCUCACUGAGCCAGCAAAUCAAGCACUUCCAAACCAUCACCAUCCCUGAGUUAAGGACACAGUUUGACAACAGAAAGGAGCUGUCUAGCUAUCUGGCAAAAAGCAUAUUCGUCUUCAACUCUGGAGGUAACGACCUCGAACAAGAGUGUAGUGGACCUGUUCAGAGGGAAAAGUGCGUUUGCGACGAGUUCAAUGAGAGUCUCUUGGCAAAUUUCACUCACGAACUCAAGAUCGUGUACAAUUUGGGAGCUCGCAAGUUCGUCCUUUUCGGAAUUCAAGCAAAUGGUUGCAACCCUCAAUAUAAGGCGACGUUACUGUUGGGAAACGUAAUGCGGGCCCUAAAUAUAACUCAGCUACAAACUCGAAUUUAUGCGGAAAAAAUUCAGCAGAGUCUCGACGUCCAGAAUAAUUCUCAAUAA